AUGCUGCGACUCGUGACUUUCACUGCACUACUCCUCGCACUUGCACGCGAUGCCAAGAGCCAAGUCGAAGGCGAAGGGGAAGCCAGCGAGUCAACGGUCGAAUGGGACAACUGGGCCAAGUCGGCCAAGCUGAACCCGACUGUGCAGCACAUUCCGCUGGAUCCGUCGGAAAGCGACUUGCGACCGCCACCAGCUCAAAUCCCCGACUCCUUCGACAUGUUCGUGGGCUCGUCGGUCUUUCGAGACGGGUAUCGGUGUGGCAAGACCCUGUUCACAGCGCUGAAGCGAGCAACGCACCCGGAACGGCUCCAAUUCGGCAUCCUGGAGCAAAUCUACGAGGGAGACCCAACUUGUCUCGACGAGUACUGCAAAAUGGCGGCGGAGGAGUGGCCUGAAGACCAAGAGUGUCGGUACAAGGCUCAGAUCACCGUGGACACUCGCGACGCGGCCGAGUCGGCUGGAUGCACGACGGCUCGUCACCUGCAGCAGAAGUUGGUGGGGGACCAAGAGUUUUGUCUGCAAGUGGACGGCCACAGCGUCUUCACGAACCGCUGGGACGAGAACAUCCUGGCGGACUGGGCGUCGAUCGACAACGAGAUGGCGGUCAUGACCAUGUACCCGCACCACACGCACACCUACAUGAUCAACGAGGAGGGCGACAACACUAUUACCAACUCGAUCCCGCACCUGUGCACCACUAUUCGGGGUGGCAAUGGUCUGCCACGCAUUGUCGGCGCCAGUUUGAUCAAGGACUCGUGGAAGCCGCAGAUGGCCGCGCUCUGGGGCGGUGGCUACUCGUUCAGCAAGUGCCACGCAGAGCGCAGGGUGCUGAUCGACUCGCACACGCCGUGGCUCUGGGACGGCGAGGAGUUCAUGCGGUCUGCCAACUACUGGACGUACGGCUACGACUUGUACUCGCCGAGUCGGUUGGGCAACGUGCUGUACCAUAACUACUCGAAAAAGCCGGAGAGCGUCUGGGCGGCGCCCAUCGAUCCUGAGAAGAAGGAGCGAGACACGGAGAUGGCCGAGAACCGUGUGCGUCUUCGCCUCGGGAUCCCGUUCAAGGGGCCAGUUGAUACUUUCGAGCUUGAGAAGUACGGCUUCGGUACGGUGCGGUCGUUCGAGAGCUUCCUCGAGUUCGCCAACGUCUCACUUGAAGGCUGGAUGAACGACACGAACUCUUGCGGUCAGCUGCACUGGGUUCCGUAUGAGGAUCCGACAGAAGUGGAGGAGACCGUUGGCGUGGCAAAGAGCUCUGGAAUGUCGUCGUCGACUUUCGUUGGGGUUGUCGUUGUGGCGGCCGUGUUUGUCACGAUCUCCACUGACGCAGGCUCACGAGCCAUCCGUCGACGAGUUUGCGGAACCAUGCACGGCAGAACACACCGCAGUAUUUAG